CUAGACUGAUCCUCGUCCUAAGCUCGAUCCCGCUAGCCAACCCCUGCCCGCCACGGGCUUUCCUGCUGGGUGCUUGUCAUCAUGUCCUAUAUUCCGGUGGCCGAGGACUCCGACUUUCCCAUCCAAAACCUGCCCUAUGGCGUUUUCUCCACUCAAAGCCACCCAAAGCCACGGAUUGGUGUGGCUAUCGGUGACCAGAUCUUGGACCUCAGUGUCAUUAAACACCUCUUCACUGGCCCUGUUCUCUCCAAACACCAGCAUGUCUUUGAUGAGACAACUCUCAACAGCUUCAUGGGCCUGGGCCAAGCUGCCUGGAAGGAGGCAAGAGCAUCCUUGCAGAACUUGCUGUCUGCCAGCCAAGCCAGGCUCAGAGAUGACAAGGAGCUUCGACAGCGUGCAUUCACCUCCCAGGCUUCUGCCAAGAUGCACCUUCCUGCUUCCAUAGGAGACUACACGGACUUCUACUCCUCUCGGCCGCAUGCCACUAAUGUUGGCAUUAUGUUCAGGGGCAAGGAGAAUGCGCUGAUGCCCAAUUGGCUCCACUUACCUGUGGGAUACCAUGGCCGAGCUUCCUCCAUCGUGGUAUCUGGCACCCCAAUCCGAAGGCCCAUGGGACAGAUGAGACCUGAUAACUCAAAGCCUCCUGUGUACGGUGCCAGCAAGCUCCUGGACAUGGAGUUGGAAAUGGCUUUCUUUGUCGGCCCCGGGAACAGAUUUGGAGAGCCAAUCCCCAUUUCCAAAGCCCACGAGCACAUUUUCGGGAUGGUCCUCAUGAACGACUGGAGUGCACGAGACAUCCAGCAGUGGGAAUAUGUCCCCCUUGGACCAUUUCUGGGGAAGAGCUUUGGGACCACCAUCUCCCCAUGGGUGGUGCCCAUGGAUGCUCUCAUGCCCUUUGUGGUGUCCAACCCCGAGCAGGACCCCAAGCCCUUGCCAUAUCUCUGCCACAAGCAGCCGUACACAUUUGAUAUCAACUUGUCUGUUGCCUUGAAAG